GCUGUGACGCUACACUCGCGAAGGUUCCAGAGGCGCCGCGCGCGAUAGGCGGGCGGUGGUGUCACGCAGGGCAGGCAGUGCGCACAGGCUGCGGGCGUUGCGAGGCGUGCGGGUCCUGCGAAUCGAGCGGGUGCGCCGUUUCCUGUUUGUUUCCCCCACGGGGCUGCAUCUCGUGCCUUGCCCGGCCCAGGCCGACCAUGGCUUCAGCUGUGGAGGAGCUACAGAAAGAUCUAGAAGAGGUGAAGGUGUUACUGGAAAAGGCCACUAGAAAGAGAGUACGUGAUGCUCUUACCGCUGAAAAAUCCAAGGUUGAGACAGAAAUCAAGAACAAGAUGCAGCAGAAAUCGCAGAGGAAAGCAGAACUUCUUGACAAUGAAAAGCCAGCUGCUGUGGUUGCUCCCAUUACAACGGGCUACACAGUGAAAAUCAGCAAUUACGGAUGGGAUCAGUCAGACAAGUUCGUGAAGAUCUACAUCACCCUAACUGGUGUCCAUCAGGUCCCCGCUGAGAAUGUACAGGUGCACUUCACAGAGAGGUCAUUUGAUCUUCUGGUGAAGAACCUAAGCGGGAAGAAUUAUUCCAUGAUUGUGAACAACCUCUUGAAACCCAUCUCUGUGGAAGGCAGUUCAAAAAAAGUCAAGACGGAUACAGUGAUUAUCUUAUGUAGGAAGAAAGCAGAAAACACACGGUGGGACUACCUGACUCAGGUUGAAAAAGAGUGCAAAGACAAAGAAAAGCCUUCCUAUGACACUGAAACAGACCCUAGUGAGGGAUUAAUGAAUGUUCUAAAGAAAAUUUAUGAAGAUGGAGAUGAUGACAUGAAGCGAACCAUUAAUAAAGCCUGGGUACAAUCAAGAGAGAAGCAAGCCAAAGGCGACACAGAAUUUUGAGACUUGAAAGCCCUUUUGGGAACUGUGAUAUGGAAAUAUUGAUGUUUUCAAUAAGGACACGUUGGUGAGCUGCACAGAUAAACUUAACCGAUGACUUUACAGAGCCUUCUUCUAAGUAAAGGCAGUGAAUUCUCCUACUGGAGGAUUUAUUUAAAUAAAAUAUGCUUAUUAAACACUUCCUCUACAGAUGGUUUCCAUAGCAAACUGGUCAUUUUGUUCAAGAAAGGGUGAUACUGCAUUCUCAUGUGAAAUGUAAAGAAGCAAGUCUUGCCUAGUGAAAAUGCCAUAUAGCAUUUUUGUUCAGCUGAGAGGUAGAAACAAGUUACUGCUUAUUAAGUUCCUGAAAUCAGUUCUCACCAAUGUAACAAUAAGUAAAAAAAAAAUAAACCCUCAAUUUUUGCAUAAAA